GUCCUCUUCCACUUUUUCACCUAUUAAUUCCUUACACUUUAUCCACCUUGAUAACUCCACCCAGUUUCCCCCCUUCUUAAUAAUGCUCAACCAUUCUCCAUUUCCACCAAAACCUCAUUGUAAAUUCUGAUACGUAGACUUCCUUAACAAUGGAGGGCAAAAACUUUGAAGGAAGGCAAACAUGGAAAGAGAAAUCGAAGAAAGAUGUUGAGGAAGUAGAGGAUGACUACUCGGACGAAGAAGACACCAGUGGCGGUGGUGGAGGGUUGAUGCUGAGAUUUGAAGAAAAUGAGAGGCAGAAGAAAGCUGCUGCAGCUGGAAGAAGAGGAUCUGGUGGUGGAGGUGGAGGUGGGGUUUCACAGCCAUCUUGUCAAGCGGAAAGGUGCGGGGCUGAUUUGGUUGAUGCAAAGAGGUACCACCGCCGGCAUAAGGUUUGUGAGUUUCAUUCGAAGGCAGCUGUUGUGAUUGUUUCCGGGACUCGACAGCGGUUUUGUCAGCAAUGCAGCAGGUUCCAUGAGCUAAUCGAAUUUGAUGAAGCAAAGAGAAGCUGUCGCCGGCGUCUGGCAGGACACAAUGAGCGACGCCGCAAGAGCUCAGGCGAACCUUAUGGAGAAAGCUCGAGCCGGAGAGGGGUUGGUCACCAAUACAACGAAAGUCAGACUAGAUAUCAGAUCACGCCCCCAGGAAACUCUUCCUCCAAGCGUUGCCAGAUCAGAUAAGGCCAUGCAUCGAUAAGGCCAUGCAUCUUGUGAUCUGCUCUCUACAUGCUCCCUCUCUUCUGUCAUCCAUGGCUUUAUAGAACCUCUAAGUAUGAUUGUUCUAGUUAAGCUAUUUAUUUGUCUACCUAGCUACCUACAACCUUAUGUUGGUGCGCUUUGCCAUUACAUAUGUAAGCUUCUAAAGCUAAUGUGGUGUAUGGUUAUGUAGUUUCGACUUGUGUUAAACUAAUGCUUAACACUAUUCUGGAUGUUUCAAUAAGACAAUUGGGAAUGUUUAUGUAGGAA